GUCAGAGGGAGCUGCUCUUUGUUCUGACCGCCGGGUGCUUCCUUUUUCUCCUCCGCUCCUCUCUUCCCUUCGCUCACCUUUUUUUCCUUUUUUCUUUUUACUCCUUUGAUUUAAAUUCCCGCUCUUUGGUCUGGGCUUUCUAAAAUUAAUUUCACUUUAGAGGAUGGAGUUUUUAACCGGUGGGCCGUGGCGAAUGAGGAUAUCGCGGCUGGAGUAGCGGUAGGAAAUGGGGAGGGCGGCGCGGUGGUUGCGCGGACUUCUGGGCAGGAAGAAGGCGGAUUCUGGCGGGGAGCACCAGGCGGAGAAGAAGAAAUGGGGCUUCGUCAAGUCGUUCCGGGAGAAGGGCCACCAGCAGCAGCAACAGAGAGGAGGACCCCCGCCUCCGUCACCGCAGCGGCGGAAGGAUUCGUAUAGGGAGGUGGCGCGGUCCUCCCCGGCACGCGCGACGGCGGGGUUGGUGGAUGUGGACGGGGACGAGCAGAACAAGCGGGCGAUUGCGGUUGCCGCGGCGACCGCAGCAGUGGCGGAGGCAGCCGUGGCCGCCGCGCAGGCGGCCGCCGCGGUGGUAAGGCUGACGAGCAGCGGGCGGAGCGUUGCUGGGUUCGCCGCCGGCGCUGGGAAGCGGGAGGAGGCGGCGGCAGUUAAGAUCCAGGCCGCUUUCCGGGGUUAUCUGGCGAGGAGGGCAUUGAGGGCGCUGAAAGGGCUGGUGAAGCUGCAGGCAUUGGUCAGGGGUAACAUUGUGAGGAAGCAGGCGGCUGAGACGUUGCGAUGCAUGCAGGCAUUGGUGAGAGUCCAGGCCCGGGCCAGGGCCUGCCGAGCCCUCCGGUCAGAAAUGAGCAGGUCCGGCAGAGGCUUCCGCGCCCAUGCUGGCCCUCCGACACCAGAGAAAUAUGAACAAGCGGUUCGAUCAAGUGGUUCGAAGUCCGACAGGUCUUGCACUCUCAAGAGGAAUCCUUCUAAAUCAGCCAGCAUCGAUGCGGUUGAUUCGGACAGAACACAUUCUUCUGGUUGGAACUGGUUGGAUCGGUGGAUGGAGGAGCGUUACUGGGACAGCCGAGAGGCUGCUGCAAAGGCUGGGGCAGCAAUGGAUGAUGAGAAGAAUGCUAAGAUCUUGGAGGUAGACCCUGGAAAGCCACAAUUCAAUCUCAAGAGGAGGGGGAACAAUCUCCAUUCUUCAUGCUCGACCCUAGCCUCUGAUCAGAACAACCGCAGCUUUGCCGCUAUGCCUGACUCACCAUCAAAGGACUCUACAAUUGCUCAACUAUCCAUUCCUAGCCCGUCCUCCGUCGACAUGCCGCAAUCUCUCAGCCCCCUGAGGUUCCACCUCCCUGAGCCUGGGGAGUUUGGCGAAAGUCCCCAGUUCUAUUCCGCAACAUCUCGGCCUGGAAGCUCGAGAAGGGGGGGGGCCUUCACUCCUUCGAAGAGCGAGUGCUCGCGCAGCCUAUUCAGCGGGUACUCGGACUAUCCCAACUACAUGGCGAACACGGAGUCGUCAAGGGCGAAGGUGCGGUCUCACAGUGCACCGAAGCAGCGGCCCGAGUUCGAGAACUCAGGCUCGAUCAAGAGGCUCUCGGGGCAGGGGUUGGGGCAGCAGCAUCCUGGAGCAUCAGCCCAGAGGUCAUCUUCUCUGCAUGCGAAGUUCGCCAACAAGGCCUACCCAGGUUCCGGCCGGCUGGAUAGAUUAGGGAUGCCCGUUAGACUCUGAUGAACUUAACCUCCACAAAGUGCUGCAGGAUUGUGUAGUUUGUGUUCAUGGAUCAUCCCGCGUACUCGAUCGGCUGCAGUUGUAUUUCUUCGAACUCUUAUUCUCCUUCUCUCUCUCUCUACCUUCUAUCUGCAGCUCAGUCUUAGUCCUGUUUGUCCUCUCAAGUAAUUAACAGUGUCAUGUCCUGCGUUUGGAAUCCUGCAAUGGAAUCAGAAUAUGAUGUUUUUGAUGUGAGUUU